GGCCGGUCCCUCUCGGUGCCCGGGGGCUGCGACAGCCGCUGUCACCCGUGAGCUCAUCCCUGUCCCAGGGAUUUGGGAACGGCUGCUGUCACGAUGCUGGGGCUAGAGCACACGGAGUGAGGCUGAGUCAGAGCCAGAAGGGCCAAACACGAAUUCAUGCGCUUCUCAGCUUGCUUUUAAUGAAGGGAACAACCUGCCUUAUCUGUCCUGCACGCCCGAGCACUGAUCAGAGUCACAGGAGCGAGAUCUACAUUGGGAGAGGCUGUGCAGGAGAAAAAUUCCCAGCUGCUUUUGCCACCGUGUUCUCUAAAGCUCCUGUGUUACAGUGUUCGUGGCUCUGCCUCUUCUCCCCUAGAAGAUGCUGGGAAGGAUCCUGUGCACGGUGUUGUUCGUGGGAGCCUUCCCAUCCCCAGCUGGAGCAUCCCAGGGCCACAUCUCUGUGGUCCUGCUGGGAGCCACAGGUGAUUUGGCCAAGAAGUACUUGUGGCAGGGUCUAUUCCAGCUCUACAUGGACCAAGUGAGCAGUGGCCACAGCUUCACAUUCCACGGGGCUGCCCUGGCAGCUCUGGAACCAGGGCAGAGGCUGAUGUUUGACGUGCUGAAGAAGCUGUCCUGUCCCCCCGACGAGGCUCCCAACAGGUGUGCAGUGCUCAAGGACCAGUUCCUGAAGCUGAGCCAGUACCACCAGCUAAAGACAGCUGAAAACUACACAGCUCUGAGCAGAGAGAUCGAGACCCUGCUGCACCAGGAGGGGCUGAAGGAGGCUGGGAGGAUCUUCUACUUCUCGGUGCCACCGUUUGCCUACACGGAGAUCGCCCGGCACAUCAACAGCAGCUGCCGCCCCCCUGCCGGAGCCUGGCUGCGCGUGGUGCUGGAGAAGCCCUUUGGCCACGACCUGGAGUCGGCCCAGCAGCUGGCUGCAGAGCUGGCAGGCUUCUUCAGGGAGGAGGAGAUGUACAGGGUGGACCAUUAUCUGGGCAAGCAGGCUGUGGCCCAUAUCCUGCCUUUUCGGGAUCAGAACCGACAGUUUCUGGACCCGAUUUGGAACCGACAUCACGUGGAAAGAGUGGAGGUUGUCUUGAAGGAGACUGUGGAUGCUAAAGGCCGCACCAGCUUCUACGAGCAGUACGGGGUGAUCCGGGACGUGCUGCAGAACCACCUCACCGAGGCCCUCAUGUUCCUCAUCAUGGAGCUCCCUGCCAACGUCAGCAGUGCCCAGGACGUGGUGCAGCACAAGCUGCAGGCGUUGCAGUCCCUGUGGGGCCUGGAGAGGAGCAGUGCCGUGCUGGGGCAGUACCAGGCCUACAACAGCCAGGUGCAGGAGGAGCUGCAGGAGGCACAGGGCUACGUCAGCACCACACCAACCUUUGCAGGUGUGCUGAUCCACAGCGACAGCCUGCGCUGGGAAGGGGUCCCGUUCCUCCUCACCUCCGGGAAGGCUCUGGACGAGCGGGUGGGUUACGCCCGUGUCCUCUUCAAGAACAGGGCCUACUGCACUCAGAGUGGCACCCUGAGGGACUCAGGGCACAGCCAGUGUAAACCCAAGCAGAUCAUCUUCUACUUCGGGCACGGCGCACUCAACACCCCUGCAGUGCUGGUGAGCAGGAACCUCUUCCAGCCUGUCAUGCCCAAACACAGCUGGAAAGAAGCAGAGGUUCGGUCAGACCUGCACAUCUUUGGGCAGCCGCUGUCUGAUUUCUACACCUACAGCCCUGUGAAAGAGAGAGAUGCAUAUUCUGUCCUCAUCUCCAACAUCUACCACGGCAGGAAGGAUUUCUUCAUCACCACAGAGAACCUGCUGGCCUCCUGGGCCUUCUGGACACCUCUGCUGGACAGCACCGCCCGCCAGCCCCCGCGCCUCUACCCCGGGGGCGUGGAGAACCAGCAGCUCCUGGACUUUGAAAUGCUGGGUGGGGGAGUGGCGUUCACCCUGGCAGAGCCAGCGCAGCUGCUGACCCCCAGCGGGCAGAUGCCAAGUGAUUUCAGGGCAACCCAGUCCAAAUUCCGGCACAGUCCCCUGGUGUCGGCGUGGGCCGAGGACCUGAUUUCCCAGCUGGCGUCCGACAUGGAGGAGGCAGCGGUGAGGAGCGUGGCUCGCUGCGGGCAGUUCCACCUGGCCCUGUCGGGCGGCUCCAGCCCCACGGGGCUGUUCCAGCGCCUGGCCAGGCACCACUUGGGCUUCCCCUGGCGGCACACCCACGUGUGGCUGGUGGACGAGCGCUGCGUGCCCCUGACCGACGGCGAGUCCAACUUCCUGGGGCUGCACAGGCACCUCCUGCAGCACGUCAGGCUGCCCUACUUCAACAUCCACCCCAUGCCCGUGCACCUCAACCAGCGCCUCUGCGUGGAGGAGGACGGCGGCGCCGAGCUCUACGCCAAGGACAUCGUGGCCCUGGUGGCCAACGCCAGCUUCGACCUGGUGCUGCUGGGGGUGGGCACGGACGGGCACACGGCCUCGCUCUUCCCCCGCUCCGAAAACGGCCUGGAAGGGGCUCCCACCGUGGUGCUGACUGAGAGCCCUGUCAAGCCUCACCAGAGGAUGAGCCUCAGCCUGCCCCUCAUCAACAGGGCCAGGCAGGUGUUUGUCCUGGUUUUGGGCAAGGGCAAGCACAACAUCACCACCCUGCUCAGCAGAGUGGGCCGCGAGCCCAGGAAGUGGCCGAUCUCGGGUGUCAGCCCCAGCUCUGGCCAGCUGGUGUGGUACGUGGAUUAUGAAGCUCUGCUGGGCUGAUGCAGUGUCCCUCCUCCCUUGUCUGCGUGGCCUUUACAGCCCGGAUUUUCCUGCACCAUGUCCGUGUUCCUCUGUUGCCGGCGGCAGCUUCAUCCCCGGCACCUCCAGCCCUCUGGGAGAUCCGUGGCCUGCAGCUCCUCUGACAUUUGAGCCUGGAGAGAGCUGGGCUCAGUGUCCAGAGCUCAGGAGGAGCCAAGAGCCCAGGGCAGCAUUUCUGGCUCUGCUCUGGCUUCUGACUGACACUUUGGACAAGUGACCUCACCUUGAAGUGCCUCAGUUUCCCUGUCAGGCCUUUGUGCUUAUCGGCAUGUAACUACCUCAGGGGCACUACGGGAAACUCCUUAAAUCAACUGCCAGCCAAAUUCUUUUAAAUGGUAUGUAAUUCUCAGGCUGAAAGACAGUAACAACACGUUCAUCCCCUGCCCUGCUCAGUGUGGCUGGGCCGGGGCUGUUGCUCAGUGCAGUGAAGGUUGUGUGCACAUGGAUGUGCAGAGGAGUGGGGCAGCUCACAGAGCUGUCAUUUGCCAGCACUGCAAUAAUUACUGAGGGAAAAGCUUGGUGCUCACAGGAAUUGUUGGGUUUAGCUAGCAGAGAAAUCUUUACUUUUUAAACAAAAAUGUCCAUGUUAACUUCAUUCCAGUUCUUUCGUAUUUGGUUUGAGGGAACAAGUUUUAGUGAAAAGCUGACCUAUGAGAGAGUAACUAUAUUGUUAUGAAUAAUGGAGUUUAUUCCUGUCUGACAGGUGGCUGUAGCAUUGGAGUUUGCUUAUUUUUGCACUCUUGCUUGGUAAUACGUGGCUGGAACCUCUUGAAAUAAAUAGAGGUUUAUUUGCACUUUUAAAUAAGCACAUAGGGUUUUUUUCCCAGGGAACUACUGUUCUUUGCAGCAGAAAAUAGGGUUUAUUUGUAAAGUGUCUAUCUAGUGGGUCACCCAAAAAUUCUCCUAGGUUUUAUUAAAAUCCAUUAAAAGUUUCCACAUGUUUUCCUUUGGUGAAUGGAGCUGUCUGGGUUGUUUGGGAGAUUUGUAUUUUUAUUUUUUUCACACAGACAAUUCCUGUUAAACUCUUUAAUACUUAGCAUUUGCUAAAUGAAAACCAAAUCUUUUUGAAUAUACAAGAUUUAUGACUGGAGAGACUGGAUGGGAAGAAGGGUUAAAGGAGCAACAAAUCCGAUGAGGAGGAAUGGUAGCAAUCCACUGGGCUGUAGGCCAAGGAAGCAGGGCUAUUUUUAUUUUGUGAAAGUUAUUAAUAGAAGGUGUGCACCUACUUGAGAGCUUGUAUUAACCUUUCUUUGCAAAGGCAGCUCCAUGGAGUAACUUCUUACAGUCUGUUUCUCCCAUAAGUGAUUAUUGAUACCAAUUUUUAUGAAUUUUUUUCAUGUCAAGUGCAUUCCUACAAUUCAAUGGUGUGAUUAUUUAUGUGUUUUACAGAAAACUAACACUGGAAAUAACUCAUUUUUCACUUCAACUUUUAUAAAUGAAAUUGUAAAAUCUUUUUUUUUCCC